UCUCCACCUUGGUGGAUUACCCGGUGGCCAGCUGCGUGCACGCGGCUAGCCUUCUCCAACCUUCUCCUCGAGGAUUCAGUCAGCCGUGCACCAUUGUCGAAAGAUCGUCCACCACGACACUCGGUUCCCUUAACUUCUUAUCGUGUACACCCUCGCGAAUUUUUUCUUGUGAACUCUAGCUCGUUUUCUUCUUUCAGUGCUCUUUCUUCUUUAGUGCUCUUAUUUCUUCUUUUCGGUAAUCGCGUGUGAUUGGUGAUUUAAUGCGGCUUCCAGAACGUGUCUGAAGAUCAGUGGGAAAAUGCGGAUGAAGUUGUUGAAGGUUGUGGUGGUUCUGCUCCUGUCAGGCUCAGGAGAUGGCAGGCCACAGAAAACCGAAGAGUCCAUUCAGCUUCAUCGAACAAAAUCAAGCAUGGAGGAAUGGCGACCUCGAUCCUCCAGCAUCCAAAACAUUCCAGAAGAUAGCAGUUCGCAACUCAACGGUACGCAGCGUCACCUGAAGGACCUGCAGAAGAUAGAUCAGUCCUUGAGAACAGUCGCCACUCAGUUGCUCAACGUGACGAACCCUGAAGAGCCCGCCAAAGUGCUCGACAACGUCAUCAAGAAACCUAACACUCCGAAACCGUCUAACAAGAGCGACAGACCGGUCGAAGAGAUACCACCCAGUAAUGUGCAGUCCAUGACCAUAGGUUUUGGCAGACCCAUCAACUCGAAGUUCAGUUACUUCGAGUCGGGUCAUCCAGGUCAAGCGAUGGCCAUGACGGAGGAGGAGCUCGAACGAGAGAUGAGUUCGACGCGUCUCAUGUCUGCGUACAAGACCCACCCAACGACCACCGGCGGAAUUUCGACGUGGAUCCUGCUGAAUCCUCCGUCGACCACUGUGAAGUCGACAGAGGUGGACAAAAAGAAGCAGCCGUUCGAGAACGAAAUACGAGUCGAGAAGCCAACAACCCUGAUGGAGAAGGUGGAGACCACCGAAAGAGUUACUGAGAAGUUCACGAUACCUGUUACCACCGUCACAGUCGUCGAAGAAGCAUCCACGAAGACCAUCUCGACCACGAAGAAAACGACAGAAAAGGUUCACAAAGAGGAACCUCUUCAGAGCACCACCAAGAUGCCUCAAACUACAACGAGCAUUCCGGAAAGCAAAGAAGCUGGCACCACCACCACGAAGAAGAUUCAGCACGUGAGAACGACACCCAAACCCAAGAUCGCUACCAUGAAGACCACCGUAUUAUCGAAACCUGCGGGUUCGAAGACGUCCAGGCCAAAUCAGCAGGCCAGACCCAAACCCGCGAACAGAAGGACCACCAUUAAGCCGGACAUGAAAAACGACAACUCAUCGACUGCGAAGGUUGAGAAGGUGACGUUCAGGCCCAUACAGAUGAUCACCAUCCCGAAGACCAAAGUGGAGAGCACCGAGAAGCCCAUGUUCGUCACGAAGAUCAAAGCCUCGGUCCUGAUGGACCAAAAGACCACCACGUCGCCUUCGGUGUCCUCCACGACGAGCCUCGAUGUGACCACCACCUCGAAGACGGCUUCACCCAGCGUGGAGCUCGUCGAGGUGACGAUGAAGCCUAAGGUUGGCUCGAAGGUCAGCAACGUGCUGAAGGUGCAGCUGAAGAAGCCGGUGAACGAGUCGAAGAUCGAGGAGCCCAAAGUUAACGCACCGGCGGUAGAGAAGGUUCAGAACGUGAAGGAUGAAGUGAAGAACGAUACCGAUAGUUUGGACGCUAGUAGGAUAGAUCUAAUGAAGUUUGAUUUUAACCCUGAGCUGACGAAGAUCAAUACCAGCAGCGAGAGUGUUACACCUGCCACGACUACUACGUCCACCACCAAGAGACCCAGGAACAGCUCGAAGAGGAAGAAGAACAAGGUCAGACGACGAAAACCGGCUACUGCAGCUACUUCUACGACCACGGUUUCGACAACGUCGACGGAGAGCGAGUUGAUAGUGGAAGACCCGAUCGUCGAGAACGGAAUACAGGAGUCGAAGAUCGUUCCCGAGACCAAGGUGGCUACCAACUCCACCAAGACCAAGAAGAAACCUCCCUCACCACCAUUCGGCAUGCAGAUCUACAACUUCUUAAGCCGUGAAGUGAUGCCUAGCUUCGGUGUGAUGUCCCUGGUUGGACUAGGGUUAGGUCUGGCCUCGUACUUCCUGUAUCCGUUCGGGGGAACCAUAGCUAGAAGGAAUUACGAGGUUGAGCCGAAGUACAAGUACAAUUUUGACGAGUACGGGGGAAACUAUGGGCAGAGCGAGGAGGAGGUUCUGGCUAAGGUUCUUCAGGGUAUGACUCCAGAAGACAACAAGUACCCUGGCUCUAAGGACUACGAUAAUUACUAUCGGUACCAGCAGUAUGACGGAUAUGAAACUCAGACCAAGAAGACUGAUCAGAGACACCCUUCUGGUUCUCCUAUUUACCGACCUGAGAACACUGCGUCGAUCUUGAAGUAUAGGAACACGGAUUACAGGUACCCCGAACCGCAGAGUACUCCGAUAUACUAUGACAGAUCUAAACCGGAGUAUGUGGGGGGACAAUCCGACCCGGCGAAUCGGCAGUUCGUUGUGGGAAGUGUCCCCAAAGAGUACCCACCCUACAACGACAAACCCGUGUCACCUACGCCAGGUCAGUUGGCCAACAGCUACGAGCCUACCGAAAGCAGUCAGAUGUUCGAGCAUGACUUAACGCAGAACUUCAACUUCCCUGUGAACCCUGUCCAGAAUUAUGGGCAGGUUCAGACAGCCAGGCCUGAAGAGACGUACGAAGAAGUGGAGAUCACGCCCACUGCGGUAGCUGUGGAGCAUGGACCAAGAUCUUUGAAGGUUGAGCAUUCCAGAAGGAAAAGGGAUUCUGUGAUUCAAGUGAUUCCUUCGAAGAGGGAACUUGAAGAGGAGGAGAAGGAAGAUCUGAGUAACGAGAUCCUCAACAUCAUUGACUCUGCGUUGCCCGAAGAGGACGAACUUAGUAAGAAGAAGAGUGGGCAUCCAGACUUCGGGAAUCAAAAGAAGAGACAGAAUGAAGAAGAGUCCACCACGAAGAGUGAGGCUACGAAAACUAGUACGACGGUGAAUGUAGAUACUACUGCUUCAACAGCUAAAGUCACAGAGCCCUCUACUUCGUCGACGACAGAAAUCGCUGAUGAUACAAUGACGAGUCCCAAAACAACCGAGCAGAGCAGCACGGAGACUGAUUCGACCACGAACAAGCCGGACGAGCAGAACGGUUUCACUAUCUUCAACUUCGUGAAGAAGAUCGCUGAGAUAAAGUUCAGACUCGGUUUGACGCUUCUCAAACACGCCAGCGAGAGCUUCGCCAGAUAUUUGGGCCAGGUGCAGAAGAGGAUCAACGGGGACGAGUGAAGAGUCUCUUCAGAGAUUGUUAUAAUGGACUGAUGCGACGAUUGCUCCGUCGCUUCUUGACAGAUGCUGAAAUAUCUUCGCGUCUUUCAAGAAUUCUCGAAGGAUAGGUCUUUGCGCGUUGAAGACUUUGUGAGAGUCUGGACACCUGAAAUAUCUUCCUUGUUUUUGGUGAAGAAAAUCUUGAUUAGGAUGCAUAUUGGAUUGUACACAUCUUGCAAUGUUUUCUCGAAGAAAAGAUGAUGUUAUUUGAGAAUUAUUAGGAAUUUUAGAAUUAUUUAUUUUAAAUUUUCUUCGAUGUAAAUUUGUUUCCUAAUAGCAAGGAU